UUGUCUUUCCUCGGCUUCCUUACACAGCGUGGAUUUCAAUGACAUUCUGAGCUUUUAUAAGUCAAUUCACUCCAACGGGGUUUAAAGAUGUCGUUAACCUUUUUAUUUAGAACAAUUACAAGAGACUUUGCAAAGAUCAGUGUUUGUCAGCAUGUACAGUCGUUACACACAGGGUGUCAGCUUUUGGCAACUGAGAAAGCCCUCCUGAUGAAACUGCGGAAAAACACCGGCUACACUUUCAUUAACUGCAAGAAAGCACUGGAGAGGUUUGACAAUGACAUAACACAGGCAGAGACCUGGCUGCAUGAGCAGGCCCAGAAGGAGGGCUGGAGCAAAGCAAGCAAGCUGGAGGGUCGCAAAGCCAAAGAGGGACUGGUUGGUCUGUUUAUACAAGAUAAAGCUGCAGUAAUGGUGGAGGUUAACUGUGAGACAGACUUUGUCGCCCGUAAUGAGAAGUUCCAACAGCUGGUUAAGGAUGUGGCGUUUGCCACCUUGGCUCACCGGAAUAAAACCCAGAGCAGGACAGGAUAUGUUAAGAGUCUCCUGGCAGGUGAUGAGUUAAACAAACUCAGUGUGGAUGAAGGAGCUUCUCUUUCUGAUCGGGUGGCUCUCACAAUUGGUCGCCUCGGUGAGAACAUGUCAGUGAGGCGGGCGGUGACAGUGGGUGUCCCAGCUGAGUGGCACAUUGGCUCAUAUGUACACGGUGGUGUGCGCGACCAGACCGAAGUGGCCAUGGGUCGGUACGGCGCCCUGGUCAUAUUUCAGGGUGGAGAGAAGACAGAAUUGGAAUUUCUAGGCAGAAAGCUGGGACAGCAUAUAGUGGGAGAGGCCCCGGUGGCCCUGGGCAACAUGGAUGACCUGCCUUGUGGGGAAAGUGAGACCCGCCUGCUGCCUCAGACCUUCCUGGGAGACCCGAGCAGGACUGUUGCACAGUUCCUCAGAGGUCAACAGGCUCGAGUGCUGGACUUUGUCCGAUUUCAGUGUGGCGAGGUAGCCACUGAAGAAGCUAAAUGAAGAGAGGGAAACUAAAUGUGAAAGUAUAAUAUGUAGGUCUACCAGCACUGGUGCCUGAUGAAAUUACCAAUCCAACAAUAAAAUGUUUUAAUGCUGAAAAUAUUAGUCCAUAUUAUUUUGUAUAUGCUACACAGUAUGUUGAAUUAAUCAGGUAACCCACUGAUUUGCUUCAGACUACUGUCAUAAUGUACAUCCUCUUUCAUGUUUUCUUUGUUCUUCGCAUGUAUCAACAUGUGA